GGGCUAUGAUGGUAUAUAACUGGGUAAAUGUGUUUAGUCAUUCCAGUAUCAAUACAGGUAGUGGAUCAACGCAAAAAGUGCAUUUGGUACAGUGACUCUAUAGAUAGUAUCAGUGGAUUAUCAACAAUUGGGAGAAUGAUAAAGUACAUAGAGCUGCGUUACAAUGCUGAGAAAAAUGCUACUAUUAACUGGAAAGGAUGGAGAGUUGGACUUUGUUGGGAUCUACCCGAACAAGAAAAUGGCUACGAUUGUGGAGUGUUUGCAUUACAGGCAGCAAACUACAUAGUCAAUGAGAAGGUCCCAGACUAUUGUCAGGCUGAUAUGCCAAGAUUUCGUUUAGAGAUGAUUCAUGAGCUUCUUACAGCCAAGGCAUUACCUAUCAUAUCGGAGAGAUUUGACGCUCAGCGAAAUGGGGCACUAGCAUUCCAGCAAAGUUUGACACAUAUACACAUAAAUGAUAAAAAUGAAUCAGAAAAUGGUUUAGGAAGUCAUACCAAAAAUAUUUCUCGAUCAGGAGUCUUCAAACUAUCACCAAAUGCAACAUCAACAGUGAUUGUUGUUCCCAAUACUGAACAGGAUAUUAGUGAAAAGGAAAACACAUAUCCGCCACGUACCAAAGUAACGGCUAAACCUAAACCUAAACGUCUAAGUCUUAAGAAACAACCGGCUACAAUAUUGCAGUACAAGUAUCACAAAAAGUCUUCAGUAUUAACAACGUCUACGUUCAAUGAUAUACUGUCUUGUCAAGUUUGUAAUCAAACAUACAAAAACAGAUCUGGUCUAUACAAACACAUGAUGACCAAACACCCCAGACAUGGAACACCCAAAGCAAUAAGAUGCAAAGAACAACAUUGCACAUUUAGCUGUAGCCGUCUACACUCCCUCAGAAGGCAUCUUAAUGACGAGCACGCAUUUUGUAUGGACAUUGAACAUAUAAGAUUUAAUACAAUAGAGGAGUUUUAUCGUUGGAAGGAGGAAUGUGAGCAGUCAACAAAUACAAACUUUGUCAAGAGCACCGGGGGCAAAAUUGUUCAAGCAGGAGAGGAAAUAAAAACGUAUUACUACUGUAGUCGAAGUGGCUACUUCAACAGUGAAAGUAAAGGUGAACGUUUACUGAAAUCUCAAGGUACAUCAAAGUUAAAUACGUACUGUACUGCUGCGAUCACACUUACUAAAACAAGAAGUCAAUCUAUUGAAGUUGAGUAUUGCAAAACUCACUAUGAACACAAAAUAUCUCUCGGACACUUAAGACUGGCAGAUACAGACCGAAAGGCCAUUGCAGGACAGCUAAUGCAAGGAGUUUCCUUACAGCAUAUUCUAGAUACAAUUAGAAAUUCUGUUGGGUCCAAGUUUGACAGGAUACACUUGCUCACUAAAAAAGACCUGAACAAUAUUGAGAAGGCUUUUGGUAUACGGUCAGUUCAACGGCACCAAGAUGAUGCAACAAGUGUACAUCUUAUUGUUAAAGAAAUGGAGCAAACAUCAACAUAUAACCCAAUCCUUUUAUAUAAACCUCAGAGUGAAGUACCGCAAGGCAAAUGUUCAACAUUAUCACUUAAGGACUUUGCUCUAGUACUCCAAACAGAGAUGCAAGCUGAAAUGCUUGGAAAAUUUGGUCCAAAUCAAAUUGUGUGUAUUGAUGAUACACAUGGUACGAAUGGAUACAACUUCACUUUAAUCACAGUUAUGGUAGUGAAUGAGUUUGGUGAGGGCUUCCCCGUUGCUUGGUGUAUCUCAAAUAGACAGGAUAGAAUAGUUAUGGAGGUUUUCUUUCAAUCUGUGAAGGAUAAUGUGGGUGAUAUCAUCCCCAAGUGGAUCAUGACAGAUGAUGCCGAACAAUUCUUUACAGCAUGGAUUAAAGUGUUUGGACAAGGCCCAAAUAAAUUGCUAUGUGCAUGGCAUGUGGAUCGUGCUUGGAGGACAAACUUACGUCAAAUAAAGCCUCACGAUCUCGCAGCCAGCAUCUACCACAAUUUACGCGUUCUUUUGGAAGAACAUGACAUAGAAAAAUUUGAGAAUCUACUUUUGGAAACUCUUUCGCAAUUGUCAUCUUCUUCAGCUACUCAACAGUUUUGUAACUAUUUUUCUGUUCAUUAUGCUAACAGAAAACAACAAUGGGCAAGCUGUUACAGAAUAUCUGCUGGAAUCAACACCAACAUGUACGUGGAGUCUUUCCACUACCUACUAAAAUAUAUAUAUAUGAAAGGGAGAAUGAACAAAAGAAUGGACAAAUGCAUAAACAUUUUACUAAGCCUGGCUAGAGACAAAGCAUUCGAGAGGCUUGUGAAAUUAGAAAAAGGGAAGAUUUCUGGCAGGAUCAAAACAAUUCAACUGAGACAUCAGGCAAGUAGUAAGCUCACUGCCCAACUUAUUACAGAAAGUGGCAACUCAAAAUGGCUAGUCACGUCCUCGGACAAAACAAGUGACUACACAGUGACGAGGCAACUGGAAACAUGCCCACAUAAAUGCUUAAUCAGAUGCUUGGAGUGUGACAUUUGUGUACACGAGUAUACAUGUACCUGUCUAGAUCACCUUAUCCAAAGUACUAUUUGCAAGCAUAUUCACCUUGUUGCACAAUACUGCAAUCUGUCGCAUGGAAUGAAAAAAGCAAGCUCAUGUACGACUCAGCCUAAUAAAGAUACAACUAUGCUACUGAAAUCCUUACAGAGUGAUCGGUGUAUAGAAUAUCAAGAAAAGAUAGGAAAAGUACGUAGAAAACUUUUAUGCUUGCAAGCGCUAAUUGAAAAGUGUACCAACAUAGCAGCUUUAGAUGCAACAGAACAACUUGUAGACAGAGCAUUGAUUGUUAUUGACUUACCUAACCAACCAGCACAAUUUGGAUCUGCUUUAAACCAUCCAGCUAAUAAGAGUAUUACACCACAAAAAGCAUUUUUUUCUACAAAGCGAAAAAGGACAACAACUAACAUAAGGCUAGCUAAGCCUACACAUGAUCAGGUGAGGAAAAUGACAAUGGACCUCUUACAUGGAACAAACGUACACGGCUCCAUGGGGAACUCUUUACCACAAAGUAUACAAGAUGUAUUGCAGCUCUGCAGCAAUGAUAUUUUAGCACUUAAAAGAGCUAUUACUGGCGAGGAAAACAUUCAGAAGUCAGAAAUAAAAGUCAAUUUGUGUGACAGUAUUGUAGACGAAGAUAUAUCUACUAUUCAAAGAUAUUUCUCAAAAGAUGCAUGGGAACUACUAAAGGAAAAAGUUAGUGACAAAAGAAAAGAAUGGCAGUGUGCAGCAUGCCCAAGAGUUACGACUAAGCUAAACAUGAUUAUGUGCGAUACUUGCUUGGAUUGGUAUCAUUGGUUGUGUGUUCACAUAGAAGAGAAGGAUACAGCGAGCUUGGAGACAGAUUGGUACUGUAAUAAAUGUACAAAGACAAUGUGCAUCUAACAUACAAAGACAAUGUGCAUCUAACAUAAAUCUGUUCCUAUAAUAUCUGUACGUGUUCUCACCUUU